CAUUAAAUUAUUACGAUUGAUAAUAUAUAUAUAUAUGUGUGUGUGUGUGUGUGAAUAAUUUAUUAAACAUUUUGUUUGAUUAUUAUUUCGUUUUUAUUUUAUCUAAAAUAAUAUAAGUUUGACAUAUUUAUAUUUGUUUUGAUUAACGUAGUAUUAGGAUACAGCAAAGGCGGGAGAUAAUUGUCCGUAACAGUGUUUAUUCUUCGAUUCGUUCGUGUGUUUCUUCUCUUUGAUAAUUCGUGUGUUUUAUUAAAAAUGUCGUUAUGCUGUAGUUAUGUUCCUGAUUAUUUUUCUAUAAACGAUAUUCUGGCAACGGAAGAACGUAUAUUAUGUACUAUCGACGUGACACUUCCCGGUUUAGGAUUCUUAGAUAUUUCUAAUGAUUCGGAUGAUUUGAAACAAGGAACAAAGUUAGAAUUUCCUAUUUGGUUAACGCAUCCACUUAAUAUAAUACAAGGAUCACUCAUCAAUAUAGAAUUACCAAAAAUAUAUAAAGAUAGUUAUAGAGAAAUUCUUCAAGCAGAUGCAUGCGCUGUGUCAUUGAGCAAAUGGAAUCUACAUUUCUAUGAAGUAGGAAUGUAUUUAAGAACCUUUAAUAUUCGGGAAAGUGAAAAAUUAACAGAGAAUUUGUUAGAGACCUUCAAAUCUCGAUUUAGAUUAAUCAUGGAUUGGGCACAGAAUCCGAUUUCAGAUCUGACGUUGGGUAGUCAGCUUCCUAGAUUAGAAAAAGAUUUGUUCUUAAUUAGUAGAAAAGCAAAGGUACAAUUAAACGAAUGGUUAAAAAAAGGUACUGGCAUUAUAGAAGCAUCGGAAGUAGCUGCAAAUCUUAAGAAACGUAAACGUACCGAUUAUGAAUUAAAUUAAUUCUAAUUUAAAUAUAUAAUAUAGAUAUAAGUCAGUAGAUUAUUAACAAUCGCAAUUGCAUGCAUAUUGCAUGUAGGGAUUUUAUUUUAGAAGAAAACUAUUUUUUUAUAUCUUGUUAAUAUUGAGAAGAUCAUUUAUGAUUAUUUUUAUAUCAAGGUUUUACAAUAACAGAUAUACAUAUCAAAAGAUGCAUUGAUUUGGAAAGUGAAAAGUGAUAUAUAUUUGAAAAUUUGACGAAAUAAAGAAAGUUCAAUAAUUUUUUAUUAUUCAGACAGGGAAUGGUGUAUAGUUCCAAUAAGUAGAAUUGAAAAGAAAUGAUGGAGGAGAGUGCUUAAUUUAAAAAUCACAUAUCCCUUUAUUUAAAGAUACAAAUGCUUAUAGUGUAAUUAUUAAAUAACAAAUAAAAAUUUUAUUUACA